AUGUCCGGAAAACAACCGUAUUUGCCCGUGGUUCACGGAGAGGAACGUCCUGGCGACAGGAGGCCGUGGCAAGCGAAGAGGGCGAAGCAGGUCUUGUUCAGCUCCCUCUUGUUACUGAUAGUCUAUAGUUUGCUUUUGAAGUUCUUCCCUGGUCGUCACAGCGUCAACCAGGUUGAUCUUUCAUCCAAGUCAUCCAGGCUCCAGGAGUUUCAACAAUGCUCGAUCCAAAAUUUCCAAGAUACCGGACAUUAUUUCCUGGAAACAGCUAUCCCGAUCUCAGUGGCGGAUUUCGAAGAGCGGCGCGACCGUCUCGCCCAUGCCCUUGUAGUAGAGGAUGCGGAUGCAUUCGUUGUUGAACCAGGAUACACGUUCAAAUACUAUGCGAACGUGAGCCAGCCUGAGUGGGAAGUAUGGGAGCCGGAAGAACGCCCAUUCCUCAUGGUGGUCCAGCCCCAUCACCACCCAUCUGGACAGAUUACGGCAAAGACGUCGUUUCUCUCUCCCUCGUUUGAGGCAGAGCGGGCUCGUCUACUCAACAUGCCCUUUGUCGAAGAGAUAGACAUCAUCCCCUGGGAAGAGCACUGGAAUCCGUACAGCACAUUGAAGGAAUCGGGUAUAUUCAGCUCUCUCAAUCGCACGCCACGCCUCAUGGUGGACGAGGAGAUGCGUGAUUUUAUCCAACGAGGACUGGGGAGUGCUGGGUUUGAGGUCGUUGGAUUGGCAGGAGACGUGGAAAGAGUCCGACAGAUCAAGACCGACAGAGAGAUCGGAAUUCUUCGAGCGGUUAACACUGGCACUGUGGAGGCUGUACGACAGAUGAGAAAAUGUGCACUAACAUGUUUAUAUCCUGGUUUGACUGAGAGCGAGAUUGCGACAGUACUGGAUAACACUCUUCGUUCUGCUGGAUUGGAGCCAUUUUUCGACAUUGUUCUCUUUGAUGAAAAUGCUGCCAAUCCUCACGGCGGUACAGACGGGUUGAAGGUGCUUGAACCAACUACUUUCGUGUUGAUUGACGUGGGGGCUCAUCUGAUGGGGUACUCGUCCGACAUCUGCCGCACAUUCUUCCCCCCGUUUCUCCCACGAAGCCACGCCAACACUUCUGCCGAGCUGCAAGACAAAUUAAGGGUAUGGGAUAUUGUCUUCGAAGCACAGACUAAAUCCAUGCAACAAUUCAAAGUCAAUGAGACGGCUGCUAGUGUGGACAUAGCCGCGCGGAAGGUCAUUACGGAUGCCGGCUACGGAGAUGCAUUUACGCAUAGAGUCGGUCAUGGUAUUGGUAUCAAAGGUCAGGUCCUUGUUUCUUCCUACCCUACCUCUCUAACAUCUCAAUGCAGCACAUGA